AUGGCAGACAGAGCCGUCUCAGUAGAAGAGAUCAAGAAGCAUGCCAGUGAACACGACUGUUGGAUAGUGGUAGAUGAUGUGAUUUGGGACAUAACAGAGUUCAUACCGAGCCAUCCUGGUGGCGAUGAGAUAAUAACCAAACACGCCGGCCUCGACGCCUCCCUAGCCUACAACUCAGUCCACUCACCCACUUUGAUAUCCAAGACUCUCGCUCCAGGCAAACGCAUCGGCAAAGUCUCCUCCUCAACAUCCUCCUACGACCUCCUAAAACCACCCCCAACAGAAUCCGCCCAGCCCGCCCUAUCAAUCGCCUCAAAGCCACCCCUAACCAGCUUGAUAAACAGCUACGACUUCGAAGCCGUCGCCGAGAAAGUCCUUGGCAAAAAGGCAUGGGCGUUCUACUCCAGCGGCGCGACAAAUCUCGUGACGCGGGAUGCGAACAAGAGCAUGUUUGAUCGGAUUUGGUUUCGACCACGAUUGUUGAGGAAUAUCCGGCAUGUUGAUACGAGGACGAAGAUGUUAGGGCAGAGUGUGGAGUUGCCGUUCUUUGUUAGUCCGGCUGCGAUGGCGAGGUUGGCGCAUCCGGAGGGGGAGAGGGCGUUGGCGAGGGGGUGUGAGGGGAGGGGGGUUGCACAGUGUAUCUCUACGAAUGCGUCGUUUACCAUGCAAGAAAUUACCGGCAGUGUGAAGAAAGACUCCAUACCCUUCUUCUUCCAACUCUACGUCAACAAAGACCGGAAAGCAUCUGAAGCUCUUCUCAAAGACGCGGAGAAGAAUGGGAUCAAGGGCGUGUGGUUCACCAUUGAUGGGCCCGUACAGGGAAAACGAGAAGGCGACGAGCGCGUAAAAGUCGAAUCCGCAACCUUUGCCAAAGCCGCCAUCAGCGGCGCCGCAGCCACAAACGACAAGAAAGGCGGUGGUCUCGGUCGCACUAUGGGCACAUACAUAGACGACACAUUCAACUGGGAUGACAUCGCCUGGCUGCGGAAGGCAACAAAACUACCCAUCGUAGCGAAAGGAGUGCAGACAGUUGAUGACGCGAUGCUAGCUGUGAAAUACGGGUUGGAUGGUAUAGUGAUAACGAACCAUGGUGGGAGGAAUUUGGAUACUUCCCCACCCUCCCUCCUAACCCUCCUCGAAAUCCGGCGCCACGCCCCCGAAGUCUUUUCCAGCCUAGAAGUCUACCUCGACUGCGGUAUCCGGCGCGGAACCGACAUAGUAAAAGCGCUGUGUCUAGGGGCUAAAGCUGUUGGAAUGGGUCGGCCUUUCUUGUAUUCACUGACGUAUGGACAAGAAGGUGUGGAGCACUUCAUCGAUAUUAUGAAAGAUGAGUUGGAAACGACGAUGAGGUUGUUGGGUAUAACGUCGUUGGAGCAGUGCCAUCCGCGGUAUCUCAAUCUAGGGGAUGUGGAACAUUUGAUUCCGAGGGAUUUGGAGGGAGGGUUGCCGGAGAUUCCAGGGAAGGGGGUCAAGGCGAGGUUGUAA